GUUUUAUUUUGAUUUCCCAACAUUGCGACGAAUGUUUUUAUUUCGUUCAAAAGUUACACCAAUCAAAAUAUUGUACAAUUUUUAACCGACGAUAGCAGCAAAAUGCUUAAAUACAGUUCAGCCGUUAGCCAAAGUGUUCUUUUAAAUUUAAGAAAGCAACCCCUUCCUGCAUGGGGAUACGCAGGAUCCCGGGUCGAGUACAGUUCCGGCAGUAUGAAGUAUGUCCCCGUGCACGAACCGGCCAUCGAGAGUGAUCUGCGGCGGUUGGAGAAGUUCCUUGACGACAAACCGCACAUUCUGGUGCUGACUGGCGCGGGAAUAUCCACAGAAUCGGGAAUCCCCGACUACCGGUCCGAGGGCGUUGGCUUAUACGCCCGCUCCAACCACAAACCGAUCCAGCAUGGCGAUUUCGUCAAAUCCGAGGCGGUGCGGAAGCGAUACUGGGCCCGCAACUACGUCGGUUGGCCCCGAUUCUCGGCGAUAGAGCCCAACGUGACGCACUACACGCUGGCGCGGCUGGAACGGGAGCAGCGCAUUUCCGGCAUCGUAACGCAGAACGUUGACAAACUGCACACCAAGGCGGGCUCGAAAAGUGUGGUCGAGCUGCACGGCAGUGGGUACACCGUGAUGUGUAUCGCCAAAGGCUGUGACUACACGAUUCCGAGGCACGAGUUUCAGCGCAUUUUGGACCAGCUGAAUCCGCACAUGGAGGACAAGUCCACGAUGAUGCGCCCGGACGGCGACGUGGAACUGCCGCAAGAGUACGUGGACAACUUUAAAAUACCGGAGUGUCCACAGUGUGGGGGAGCGUUGAAACCGGAAAUUGUAUUUUUUGGGGAUAACGUUCCAAUGCCACGGAUUGAACGAGUUGUGCGGAUGAUUAUUGAGUCGGACGGGGUGCUGGUGCUUGGGUCCAGUUUGACGGUAUUUUCCGGCUAUAGAAUCGUGCUGCAAGCGAAAGAGCUGGGACUUCCGGUGGCAAUUGUAAAUAUAGGUGCAACGAGAGGUGACCCGAAGGCAGAUCUGAAAAUCUCGGCCAGGUGUGGCGAGUUAAUGCAGAAUUUGUUCAAGAAAUAGUGAAUGACAUGGCAAUAAAAUGUUGUGAAGUUAAAGAAUAGUUCCGAUUUGCUAGAAAAUU